AACUCCGCCGCGACUUCAUGCAAUGGCCGUCUGACGUAUACCUACUUGCUGCUGGUAGCUUAUAAAUGAAUUCACGGCGUCACCAGGCGCAGAUCAUUUGCAGGACCAGUGAGCGCCCCGACCGUCAACAAACACAUGCGCACACACACACUGGUACCAGUACGCGUCAUGCGUCCUCGGAAUGAGGGAACAGGCACAGGAACUCCGAUGGACCCCGGUAGUACCCACACCGGCGCCAGCACGAGGGACUGACUGAGUAUCCAGGUUCCCCCUUCGGUUACCUUGUCCUGUCCUACCAGGCGCGCCUACCGGCUGUCCCAUGUCCCUGACAAACUAUGGAUUUUAUAAACAACAGCAGUAACAACAGCAAUUCGACCACAGCCUUCCCCGACGUCGUGGAUGUCAUUCCAAGGUGGGGUGACAAUGAGAAUGCAACGGGGUCUAGAAGUGUGCCCGAGGUGGAGCUGAGUUACCAGGUGGUCACCUCUCUGCUGCUCUGCGCGCUCAUCCUCUGUUCCAUAUUCGGCAAUGCGUGCGUCGUCGCAGCCAUUGCGCUGGAGAGGUCGCUCCAAAACGUGGCCAACUAUCUGAUCGGCUCGCUAGCCGUCACAGACCUCAUGGUAUCGGUUCUGGUACUACCCAUGGCAGCCCUCUACCAAGUCCUGAACAAAUGGACUCUGGGACAGGAGAUAUGUGAUAUAUUCAUCUCAUUGGACGUGUUGUGCUGCACGUCGUCCAUUUUGCAUCUGUGCGCAAUUGCCCUGGACAGGUACUGGGCUAUCACGGACCCCAUAGACUAUGUGAACAAAAGGACACCCAGGCGAGCCGUGCUGUUAAUCAGCGUGACUUGGCUGAUUGGAUUCUCAAUCUCCAUCCCGCCCAUGUUAGGCUGGAGGAAAGCCGAGGACAGGGCGAACCCGGACGCCUGCACCAUCAGCCAGGACCCGGGCUACACCAUCUACUCCACGUUCGGAGCAUUUUACAUCCCGCUCAUCCUCAUGCUGGUCCUCUACGGGCGGAUAUUCAAGGCAGCCAGGUUCCAGGUUUGGAAAACUGUGAAGAAAUCGGAAAAGGCGAAAGUGUCGGACAAGUGCUUGGCCGUAUCGCCCGCUAUUUUUCACAAGAAGAUCAAUGGAGAGGCGGGGGGAAAGAAUUGGAAGCGCAGUGUGGAACCUACAUCCAACUCCCCGUGCGUAAACGGCUCCGUGAAGCACGGGGAGGACGGCGAGUCGUUGGAGAUCAUAGAAGUUAGCAACAAUUCUAAGAACCACCUGCCUCUCCCCAACACUCCCCAGUCCUCACAAGGGUUUGAGAACAGGAACGAAAAGAACACGGAGGCUAAGAGGAAAAUAGCUCUGUACAGGGAGAGGAAAACGGUAAAGACGCUCGGUAUCAUCAUGGGGACUUUUAUUUUCUGCUGGCUGCCGUUUUUCAUCGUGGCGCUGGUCUUGCCUUUCUGUGCAGAGAGUUGUUACAUGCCAGAGUGGCUGGGCGCCGUCAUCAACUGGCUGGGCUAUUCGAACUCUCUCCUAAACCCCAUCAUUUAUGCCUACUUUAACAAAGACUUCCAAAGUGCUUUCACUAAGAUCAUAAGAUGCAAAUUCCACAGCCCAGAUAGCCCUGACUGCUGCCCUAAGGCUGACUGCACCUCUGAGGUCAAACUCAAAUAA